AUAUAGAAGGUAUUCUACCGGAAUGUCAAAGACUUAUCUUUAAUGGUAUUGAAUUAGAUGACGGAAAUGCACUCUGUGACUACUAUGGAAUGAGAUAUGAGUCAGUGUUACAAUUAGCUCUUCAAGAUCGUGGUGUAAUUAGUUACUUUAGCUCUGAUUCUUUGGAUCCACAAUGGAAUUAUGACUUUACGAAUGUUAAUGAUAACGGAGCGACACAUAUGCGUGGAGGUAUUCUGUAUAAAAGGCCCUGUGGAUGGAGACGCUUUGCUUUGAAGGUUACUAAUAGAUAUGAUAAUGGUGAUAAUAAAUGGCUCGGCACUGAUAAUAUGGCCUGGCCAGUGUCUUAUCAUGGAACCAGUGAGCAUAACGGAAAGUCAAUCGCAGAUGAAGGAUUUUUAUUAAGCAAAGGAAAUCAAUUUGAUUUUCGACAUGGAAUUUAUUCAUCACCUGAUGUGAAUUUAGCGGAAAAGUACGCUCAUGAAUUUGAUUAUGAGGGUGUGAAAUAUGUUACGAUUAUUCAGAAUCGGGUGAAUCCUACGAAUUUGCAGAAAAUUCCGAAACAAACGGGGGAUGAUGAAUAUUGGGUUUCUAUGAACGAACAUCCUAUACAGAAACAUAUAUGCGACACAUCAGAUUAUCACGUAGACACGACUUUAACAAAUACAAGAGUGACUCUUCUUUCGCCUAGUGAUCUUUGUUAUGUUCAUAUUGCACAAAAAUUCUUUUCAGGGUUGCCUAGAGCUAUGAUCAAAGGAAUUUUGAGAAUUGAAAUGCCUUAUAAUAUCGUAAAACCGCACUUAGAUUUGAAAAUGCAAAUGUCUAAUGCGGCUAACGGUGCAAAUGUUACAUAUUCUAUGCAUCAUGGGACCUAUUCUUCAUGCGAUGUAAUGAAUAUUUUAACCAACUUAACACCGAACUGUUCCUCUAACUGUGGCGUUUGUGGUAUUCUGAGAGAAGGCAACAAAAUGAGGCAUUCCAGAUCAGGUCCUGGUAGAAUGUGGUUCGCCAGUGAUCCUUGUACUUCAUUGGGCUAUUGCAGAAAUCAGGCAAUUAAAGUUAUGUUUUGUGUCGAUAUAUUAUAUAAUACCUUCAAUGAUAUUAUAAUAAUUGAAAAAGAUGAGUAUACGCUUUUAACUGAGUUAAUGAAUUUUUCAGGCAUCUUUACCUAG